UUUUAUCCGUCCCCACAUCUUCGCUUCGGUUCUGUUCAAUUUCGUCACCUAAUCCAUUAUGACCAUCGCUGCCGCAUACCCUAUUAUGUCCCUAUUACCGUGCAGAGCUGCCGAGCGGUCCCCCUCCGCACCUUUCCUGAAGGUCGUCAGGCAAACGCUAAAACUUUAAUAAAGCCUCCUUUUGCCGUCCUUGCUGCUCGCCAUGCCGUCCUCGGCUUCUUUCAAGUCACCUCGCGACUGUCAUUGGGCUUUAACAAAGGAGCUGUUGGGGGGUGGAUCAUCGCUUUGCACGGUAGUAGCCGGCCACAGCUGCAUGCUGAUCAUCAAUUAUCACAUAUCUAUAGUGCUACGGCGCAUGCUUUGUAUUUGUUCUAUUGUGACGUGAGCUUCCAGCAACAAGAGUCCUCCGCCGUACUCCCAACUCCCGACCGCCAGAGACCAGACCGAAGAUCAACCUAUUUGCCGACAAUUGCAGAUUACAGAGUGGGAUUACGGGUUUCAGGUCCGCAGAUCAAGACCAAAAAACCACAAAACUUGACAACCGGUUCACAAAAACCACGGCUCGACUGCCACCGUCUCCUUUCUCAGCUUCCUCUUGUUCUUGCUGCUGCACACCCAUGACAAAGGCCUACGACCUGUGACAUUUUCCUACGACCUGCGACAUCUUGUCCAUUUGACAUUACAAAACUUAAUUACCGAUAUACUUACAGCCGGAGAUUUUUGUCUUUCAGUUCCUGAUUAAUUCCCUCAUCGCUCCUUAAUCCGACUUCCAGUCCCGAAGAUGAUGUCUUUCGGUUCAAUUCAUAAUAAUUUCCAGGCUGUGUCGCGAGAGCUGCUUUUGGCUUUGAAUAUUGACUCGACCUUUUCCGUACACAUUCGUACUUUUAAUAGAUGAUGACCGGCUAUUGCUUCAAAAUAUUUCUGCAUGAACCUGUUAUACCACUGUAUUUGUACGACUUUAACUCGAAUCAUAUUCAAAGACCGUAAACACGUAGACUCUUCCGUUACAGUCAUAUAGCAGUGCGCUCCGUCGGAGACAACGGAGUCGUCGUCACUGCUGGCCCGCCUUGUUCCCAAGGACAUCUGAUUUGGCCAUGAGAAGCAACUCAUCCUCCUCAUCUUCUCGCGAGCGUGGUGUUUCCCCCCGACCACCACCUUCCUAUGCUCGUUCCUCCCUAGAUCGUUCACCGUCUCUGAACCCUAUGGUACUGGACGAGCGGCCAAGGAUUCCUCCACCUAUCUACUUAAGGAGCUCAAGUCCACAACCGAGGAGUAACGUUGGAACAUUAAAGAUCCAUGUCCCUGCCUGGGCUACAUGUCUAGUAAAACCGCCUCGACCUUUGGACUUGCACCCGUUAGAAGCUGGGUCCUCUGAACAUGAGCCGCCAAGUGACGAUACAGUUCUCUCGGGGGCCCUCGAGGUAAUGAUGAAAGAACGGAAAAAAGUCCGUUCCAUCUCUGUAGGUGUACAAAGUGUAUGCAGGUUACAUAUGGGUAAAGGAAGAGGUUGGGAGGAAGACGGUAUUUUUGAGCGAGGUGUCGAAGUGUUGGGAGAGGAAAACGAAGACGGUAUCUGGUUAGAAAAAGGGCGUCAGUCGUUCAGCUUCUCAAUCCUGCUACCAGCAACACUAGCAACUAGUGAUUAUCACCCUUUCGGGCGACUAACUUACAUCAUCACUGCCACUGUUCGAGGUAUAGCUCACACAUCUUCCUUCUCUUCGAUCUUUAAAGCCGUCUCCACCCCUUCGACCCUUGACCCCGACAUUCCCUAUGUUGGUGACUUUGAACGAGUUAUCGGCCGGUCGGACAAGUUGGCUGCUGAAAGCCGGUCACGCAGUGCCUCUGUUUCUCGCCGAGAGAGAAGUGAGAGUAGGGAUAAUGUCCCAGCCAUGCGGAGUUUUCCUCUAGGAGGGGAUGACGGCACAUGUGCUAUCACCAUUGGUGGUAACUCGCCGCCUAUGGGAGGAUUAUAUACCACUCGUCGACACUCAUCUAGUAUUCUCUCAUCCUCUUCUUCGACGAGUAUCCCAACGCUUUCUCUAAGUUCAGAGGAAGAGGGCCGCGGUCGACGGAGCUUUUCGUCUACUUCAUCUGCAAGCAGAGGACACGGGAAGGCGGAUAAAGAUGACUGGAUGAAGGGUGAUCUUUGUGCUUCGAGGGAAUUGUUGGUCCACGCUGUGGAUCCGUUGACUGGUGGAGAGAUACCCCUUGACGUCCGCAAAGAAGGGUUCGUCGAAGGACUAGGGAGCUGGAGGUUUUCUGCGAAUGCUGAAGCGUUGUCCAUUUCCUCCGUCAUCCUUCUUUCAAUGAACAUUCCCACACCUACUCCAUCAACUACCAUUUUCCUCCUCCGUCUCGUCCUUUCUCAGACAUACACUUUCACUUCCCCACGCACUCCUAACCAACAUCCCCAUUUACCCGAAGCUGCAACGCACCACGUCUUAUAUCAAAUCGGACGCCAGCACAAGGCGGGAGAAAAAUACCCAGGGCCGGAGUGCGA